AUGGCGGCACAGAUGAAGGCUUUCUUUGACUCCACCGGGGCAGCUAUGGAGGGAACUGAAACUCGCCGGCAAGCCCGCCGGGUUUUUGUUAGUACCCGGUACUCAGGGAGGAGGCAGGAGACGACCCGCGUAAGGUGGACAGCAAUCACACAAUUGGCACACCAUGGGAUGCUCUUUGUUCCUGUAGGGUACACCUUUGGAGCUAGCAUGUUCAAAAUGGAUUCCGUCCGAGGGGGCUCCCCCUACGGUGCUGGAGUAUAUGCUGGUGAUGGCACAAGGCAGCCGACUGAAACAGAGUUGGCACUAGCUGAACACCAGGGAAAGUACAUGGCUGCAAUAGUCAAGCGGCUGGCGCAGGUGAUGAUUCCUCUUGGCAUUUCACCGAUUGGACUGAAACCUGAAGAGUACAUCGAUGUAUUGGUUCUGGUUCUUGUCUUAGUUCUUUGA